AUCUGCUUCGUGGCCGGGGCUCUUGCUUGGUGUCUUGCUGUCCUCACUGUUCCUAUAUAACACCCUCUUCCCUAGUGCAAAGACCUCACCACUACUCUAUAUUCUUAGCUAAUUCUCUCUUGUUCCAAAAGAGAGACACCCAAAAAGAUGGAAUCCUCCAAUAUCUAUGCUCUCUUUCUCAUUUGCAUUCUCUUCAUCUUCUCAGCCACCCCUAUACUUGGCUGUGCAUUCUGUGGCACGGCCCCACCAAUGCAUACCAGUCCACCCAAGGUAAAGCCUCCAAUACACCCACCCCCAAUCAAGCUGCCACCGGUGACAGUUCCUCCAACUAAACCACCGGUGGUGACCCUUCCUCCGAUAGUCAUACCACCCGUGAUUCUCCCUCCCAUUUUCAAACCACCUGCGACUCCCCCUCCAGUUACACCACCUCCAAUUCUCACACCGCCGCCGCCACCAGCGAAGGAAACAUGCCCCAUUGACACGUUGAAACUGGGUACUUGUGUGGAUCUUCUUGGUGGGUUGGUGCACAUUGGGCUUGGGGACCCGGUGGUCAACAAGUGCUGCCCGGUGCUGCAAGGACUUAUGGAGAAUGAGGCUGCGGUUUGCAUGUGCACCACUCUCAAGCAAAAGCUUCUCAACCUUAAUGUCUUUGUUCCACUUGCUCUUCAGCUCCUUGCAACUUGUGGGAAGACACCCCCUCCUGGAUACACCUGCUCUCAGUAGAAGUAUUGAGUUAGGUUGCUAGAAUGAUGGCUGCAUGGACAGACGGAGUCGACUACAUGAGAGGAUGUCCAGCAAACCUUCCCCCAUCAUUUUCAAUCUCUCUAUCGGAAAAUCUUAUUCUUUGAUCUAUAUUCUGAUGUUUGCAAACAUUAAUAUUAUUAUUGCAAACUAUUUGCUUAAAAUUAAUUAAGGGAUUGUUGCAUGUGUGUAUUUGCCUUAGGCAAGGAAUUGCAAUCAAAGCUGCGCGCUUUCCGAGUCUAA